AUGGAGGACCGUAUAAUAGCAGAUGUAGAAAUGAAAGAAGGAACGGAGCAUAAAGAAGCCCUGCAGAAUAGCCUAAUAGUCAAGAAAGCAACUACACACUCUGUAGCAAGUGAUAGCUUGAACCCCAAAGUGAAACUAGUAGAUAAAAAGCUUCACGAAUCUAGUG